AUGGAGGCACUAGGUGCUGCAGCCAGCGUUACCCAGUUCGUCCUGCUUUCACUGAAAUGUGUCAAAGAGGCUCACGAUGCUCUCUCGCAAUACAAAGAUGGGCCGGAUAUCCUAAAACGUCUGGAAAACGACCUUCUUGGUGUACAGAACAUCUUGGAAGCCCUUCGCCAGUCAGAAAACGUAUUAGCCAACAGACCUUUAGAUGCGCAGAUAAAACAAAGCAUCGAGGAUCUUUGCUCAAUAGCAGAACGUCUCGUCGAGUUACAGACCACACCAGGAGACAAAGGAAGCAGACGUUUCUGGAAACACCUUAAAAUAGUUCUGAGCGAGAAUGAUAUGAAUCGCAUAAGAAGUGAGUUGGCACAGAUUGUCAACAACCUAAAUCUACGUCUAUCGGUUUUAUCUUGGAACAUGGUUUCUCAAGCUAGGGAUGGGACACAUCAAAUUCAGCAGCAGAUGCUUACGAUGGACACUUCAUUAUGGUCUCACCAUCAACUACAAACAUCUGGCUUCCAGGACUUGGAGAGCAACCUGUUGAAUAUUUACGAUGGACACCACAGAGACUAUCAAAGCAGGUUGUCUUCAAUUCAACACUCACUUGACUCAACAUCAUCGAUCUCUGUGUCAAGAUUUACGGAUAUGCGUUCGUUAUUGAAUGAGAUUAAAGAUCUCGUUAUUUCGGAGGGUAAAGCUACCAGAGAAGCAUCAGCCGGUAACAAUAUUGGAAUUGAUGGUACGACAAACAAGCCUCAGAAAUCGGCCAUGUUAGAAAGCAUCGAACGUCUCGGCGCCCUGAUUGACGAAAAGCGUGAAACUGUCGAUGUAUACGCAGAAGAUGACGAACUUGCAGAGUCAGCGAUAGAGGACUUACGCAACAUGUUGACUGCUGUACGAGGCGGAAAAGAACUCAAGCUAGAGAAAGAGUUGAAUAAAGGAUUACGUCGAUUCGGUCGAUCAUUUGGACAGAACAAAUUUUCUAUCAAUGCCAAGAGUAAGCCACAUGUCAUCCUUAUGGAUAACUACUUACUAUAUGAGAAGAUCAUGGUAGCCGCCGGGUCGUCGGCAGAGUCUUGGGCCAAGAGAGACAUCACGAACAAGCAGAUAUUGGAAUAG